ACAAAUUUUAUUUCUUUUAUAAUCUGUGUAAGCGCCAUUUCGGCCUUUUUCUUUGUUGCUGUGAAUUUUUUAGCGGAAAUAAUAAUUUCGCAAUGGGUCACGCAAAUAUUUGGUACUCCCAUCCUCGUAAAUACGGCCAAGGAUCUCGUUCAUGUCGAGCCUGCUCGAAUAGACACGGACUUAUCCGCAAAUAUGGCUUGAACAUCUGCAGGCAAUGCUUCAGAGAAUAUGCACAUGACAUUGGCUUCAAAAAGUUGGACUAAAUAUGAUCUACAUUUAAUAUAAAUUAAUAAACUAUAACAGAGUA